CUGAUGUGACGAACUACUCUCAAAAAUGAAAAAAACUAAAUUUUUUUAUUACUUUUCAAAACUUAAGACUUGUAAGUACUUUUCAAAACUUAAGACUAAAAAAGUAUUAGUUAUUUAUAGAAGUUUUUGUCAUGGAAAAAAUAAUUUCUUUAUAAAACAAGAAGCGCAACACAAUUGCUCAUGCAAUAAGGGGCAUUCUUUUUUCUCAUCAACUAAGUCAGUAAACCAAAGCAUAUACUAUUUCACCCUUCAACUUUCAGUUAUCACAGGUAUUUUUUGUCAUCCCUCUUACAUGAAAACACGCGUACGCUCCUGCCGCAAUCAUGUUUGUUGACUAUAUUUAGUACAUAACAUAUGUACUUCACUCAUACUAAUCAGUUCAAUUUUUUCUCUCGUGUUUUACAGUUUGCUUAAAUCAAAAAGUAGGUAUCUCCAAACAUUCACAUGUCUAGUUGAGUUUACGCCUACUAAUAUAUGGAUGCAUAUAAUCUGUGUACUGAUAACAACUCAUCCGCUUAUUUGAGUAUGAGCACAAGAGGUUAUCCGCUCUGAUAUACUCUACACGAAAAAUUAUUUAAUAUAAGAGAGAGCGUGUUUACAAUAUCAAAACGACUUGGCAUAUAAAAGGCUAUAAAUUAAUGAGUGAACAGCAAAAUGUGGGAUUUCUGCACAUGUGUAUACGUCGUUAAAUUCUAGAAGAAAGCUUGUAAAAAAUUUAAAAAAAAAUUGUUUACAUUCAAAAAAAUAAAUAAACAUUGAAAAUGCGUUUGGGAGCGACAAUGCCGAAUUUUAAAGCCGAUACCACUAUGGGGAAAAUUCGAUUUUUCGAGUGGCAAGGCGAUUCCUGGGUGAUAUUAUUCUCGCAUCCGUCGGACUUUACGCCCGUCUGCACCACAGAACUAGCGCGUAUGGCUGUAAGACUGCCAGAGUUUACGAAGCGUAAUGCUAAAUGCUUGGCACACUCAGUCGAUGAUAUAGAAACGCAUAAUAAAUGGGUUAAAGAUAUACAAUCAUAUUGCAAAGAAAUACCCAAUGAGUUUCCCUACCCCGUCAUUGCCGACCCACGCCGUGACUUAGCUGUACUUUUUGGCAUGUUGGACGAGGAUCAGAAACGCGAUCCAGUAAUAGCACAAACCAUACGCGCACUCUACAUAAUCAGCCCCGAUCACAAAGUGCGUCUGUCGAUGUUCUACCCCAUUUCUACGGGCCGUAAUGUUGAUGAGAUUCUGCGCAGCCUUGAUUCAUUGCAAUUAACUUACAAAAUGAAAGUUGUGGUCACACCCGUCGAUUGGACUUUUGGCGAUAAGGUCAUGAUUCAACCGGAGGUCACUGAUGAAGAGGCAAAUAAAUUGUUUCCAAAAGGCUUUGAAAAGGUUCCAUUGCCCUCAGGGCUGGAUUAUGUCCGAACAACUGAGAAUUAUUAAUUAAUAACAA